UUGGGGGAUGAUGGACACGUCUGCUCUCUGCGCUGCUCAGAUUGAGGACUGGAGCUUUUUUUCUGGAGAGUGACUGAGGGAGUGUGUGUUUUUCUGGAGGAGAACCGAGAGAGAGGCCACGUUUUUUCUGGAAAAGUUCCCCCCACACGCAUCUUCGGACCUCGCUACAGAUUGACCCGUCACCAUGACAACAGAAGUGGGAUCUGAGACAGAGGUGAAGGAGAAAGCAGAGGAGUCAGCUGCUCAGCCGGACCAAUCGGAGAAGGCAACAGAGGAAACCCAGGAAGUAGUGAGCGCGGAGGGUGACGAGAAGGAGAAAGAGAAGGAGAAAGAGGGGAAAGGAAUAUCUCGAUACCUGCCAACAUGGCUUAAGAAGCAGAAGUCUCAAAGCCAGACCUCUCCAACCAAGGAGGUGCCACCCACAGAGGAAGCCAAUAUCACUGUGGAUCAGGAAGAGGAGGGGCCUGCCCCAGAAGUUAACGGUCACGCAGAGGAAGUGGAAGAGAAGGAGGCAGUAAAGUCGGAGCAAGUGAAAGAAAAAGAAGCAGAAUCUCAUUCCAACGCCAGCGCAGACACAGAGCCUGCCAAGGAAGAGAAGGUGGACGAGAGUGCUGAGAAAAGUCCCGAAGAGACCAAGGAGACAACAGAGGGAGAGGGCGCAGAGGAGGAGGAGGAGAAGAAGGAGCAGGAGCAGGAAGGAGAGGUGCAAGGUGAAGGAGAGGAAGGCCAGACCUCCAUUUUUCAGUCACCUCUUCGUCUUGUGAGGAAGACCAAGAUGAAACUGGUGGUCUGUCAUGUGAUCCUACUGGACGGGACUGACUUCACUUGUGAGGUGGAGAAACGUGCAAAGGGCCAGUACUUAUUCUUUAAGGUGUGUGAGCAUCUUAAUCUAAUGGAAAAAGACUACUUUGGACUGACUUACAAGGACAGCCAUGAACAGAGAUGUUGGUUGGAUCCCACUAAGGAAAUCAAGCGUCAGAUACGUAGUAACAACUGGCAGUUUUCAUUCAAUGCCAAGUUCUACCCUCCAGACCCCUCACUGCUCACUGAAGACAUUACCAGGUACCUGUUGUGCCUGCAGCUCCGUGAAGACGUGGCUUCUGGUCGACUGCCUUGCUCAUUCGUUACUCACGCCCUGCUGGGGUCAUACACAUUGCAGGCAGAAUUUGGUGACUAUGAACCAGAGCAGCCUCGCCCUCUGGACAACAUUGGCCAGCUCACCUUUGCGCCCAAUCAGAACAAAGAGAUGGAGGAGAAGAUAUUUGAACUCCACAAGUCUCACAGGGGAAUGACACCUGCACAGGCUGAUGCCCAGUUUCUAGAAAAUGCCAAGAAACUCUCCAUGUACGGAGUGGACCUACACCAUGCUAAGGAUUCUGAGGGUGUGGACAUCAUGCUUGGUGUGUGUGCCAACGGACUCCUGGUUUACAAAGACAGGCUUCGGAUAAAUCGUUUCGCUUGGCCCAAAAUACUGAAGAUUUCAUACAAGAGGAACAACUUCUACAUCAAGAUCAGACCAGGAGAGACGGAGCAGUUCGAGAGCACGGUGGGAUUCAAACUCCAGAACCAUCGAUCUGCCAAAAAGCUGUGGAAAGUCUGCGUUGAGAAUCACAGUUUCUUCAGGUUAAACGCACCAGAGCCUCCUACCAAGGCCCGCUUCUUGACCCUGGGCUCCAAGUUCCGCUACAGCGGACGCACCCAGGCCCAGACCCGCGUGGCCAGCUCCCUCAUAGACCGACCCGCACCCAACUUUGAACGCACCUCAUCGAAACGCAUCAGCCGCAGUCUGGACGGAGCCCCAAUGAUCAGCAUAACUGAGGCUGGAAGGGACACAGCUGAGAACGGACGUGAGCCGCACCUGGAGCUCCACUCUGAUUCAAAGAGUCCAUUGAGAGUGCAUGGGGCCAAUAUUUAUGUGAGGCACAGUAAUUUAAUGUUGGAGGACCAUGAUAAGACCCAAGACGAGGUUCUGAAACAUCAAGCUAGCAUUAGCCAGCUAAAACGCUCCUUUAUGGAGGCGCCACCUCCCUCUCCUCCUCAGCUCAACCAGUGGGAGAAACGUCUCACCUCCUCCCCCGCCACAACAAUACGUGUUCAACAGCAACAAGUGGUGAGUGUGCCCGAUGUGGAAGCGGCCGCGGCUGAUAGUUCGAUCCCUGAUACCAAAGAACCUGCAAAGACGGCCGAAGUCGAAAUUGAAGAAAUCGUUGUCGUGGAAGAGGUUUCCAAAGCAACCAAACCGGGAUUUGUCACAGUUACAGCCACUUCUCCUGCUGUCCCAACCACAGAGCAGGAAACAAGAGAACAGGAAGUGAAGGUUGAGGAAAAAGUAGUGGUGACAGAGGAAGCUAAAGCGGCGAAGCAGGCGAGCGUUUCAUCUGAAAGCGAGAGCGAGGAAGAAGCCGAGUACCACCCAAAUGUCCCUGUGUCCAUCUCUCAUACACAAAUACUGGAGGAGAAAGAAGAAGAGGAGGAGGAGGAAGACCAGGUUGACCAACAGGAAGACAAGACAACGGAGCAGGACACUCCAGAAGUUUCCUUCCCGCCAGCUGAAGUCCUUCAUUCUGCAGAAGAAACCAGCCGAGCGGUAGAGGAGUCAGAGGCAGGGGACAAGAACGCAGAGGAGGAGAAAGAAGGUGAGAGGGAGGAAAGCACCAACGAUCUGAUGACGGCACCAGACGAAGCUCCUAAUGGCCUCAACCCAGCUGAGGAGGCCGUGAGCGGGUUGGCCACCCACCCAGACGAGGAGGUGGAACCCAAAAUGAACGGACAAGCCUCAUUGGCUGAAGCAGAACCCCGGCCACAUGUUAUUUGUUGCUCUGAGCCACCUGUGGUAAAGACAGAAAUGGUGACUAUAUCAGACACGUUCGCAGCCCAGAAAACUGAGAUAGCCACAAAAGAAGUGCCCAUCGUACACACGGAAACCAAGACCAUCACUUACGAAGCCGCACAGUUGGAUGGGAACGGCGACGGUGAGCCCGGAGUGUUGAUGACUGCUCAGACGAUCACCUCUGAAUCUCUGUGUACUACUACAACCACACACAUUACCAAGACGUUAAAGGGUGGCCUAUCAGAGACGAGGAUUGAGAAACGCAUAGUCAUCACUGGCGACUGCGACAUCGACCACGACCAGGCACUGGCCCAGGCCAUUAAGGAGGCCAAAGAGCAACAUCCUGACAUGUCUGUUACCAGAGUGGUGGUUCAUAAAGAAACUGAACUGGCGGAGGAGGAGGAUUGACUGAACUCAGAGCUGAAGGGCCCAUCAUGACUGUUCUCCUCUGUUGACGUUGAACGACCUUCAUCACCCGACGACGACCGACCUUGACUGACCGAUGAGGAGGAGCUGAAGAACAUGAAGAAGAGAAAGAUGGACGGAGAGAAGUCACCAGUCUUUUCUAACAUUUCUGUGGUGCAUCUAAAUCCCUCACUCCAAAAACCAAGUAAAAGGAAAAAAAAUCAUCUCUUCACUCUUCCCGAGGGAACAAAAACGAAACCACUUUGUUAGAUUAACAUUUGUAGCGUGUUUUUAUUUUUUAAUAGAGCCUUUUUUUUUUUUUUUAACUGAUUUGUUUUACAAAUAGAGAGAAGAUAAUGAGUUUGUCAUAUAUUGCGAAAACUAGGAUUUUUAGGGAUGCACUGAUAACCAGUUCUGGUGACACACAGCUAAUAUACUGUAUCAUGUACUGAAUAUUUCACCAGUACCAGUGACCGUCAACGAAGCUGCAAGAUUCAAAGCAAAUUUUUAGAUAUUUCUACAAACAGGAAGCUGUCGAAUGGAGACAGGUUUUUUUUAAUCGUUAUCUUAAUUUGUAUUUUCCUGAAAAGUAAAUUGACACUGAGGUUCUUAGCUUGGAAUCUGUAUCAGAGUUAAAGUGGUUUUGGUGCAUUCCUAAACAAGACAAAAGGUUAUUUGAUAUUUCACAGCUCCCUCCCUCACGUCUUUAAUCGGUGAGUAACUCAAUGUAACUCAGUCCUUUCUAAAGACUUUACAGUAACAACUACAACUGCAAGAAUCACGGAGACACAACUUGGUUUGAAACUCUUUAUCAAAACAUAACACAAACAAACUGUAUCACUCACUGUAACACAAUCAUGGUCAGAGUCAGAUUAAAGAAAUCAACUGUGUCACAUUAUCACCUUUUGUUACUAAUGAUGACAGAAACUAGGGAGCUGUUAGGUAAAAUAUCGCAGCCACAAAACAAUCAACCAGUAAUUUUCUUUUCUUUUUUUAUUCUGUCUCUUGUUCUGUAAGUAUAGUUCUAAUUCAUCCACAUUCCUUGUGUGUCGCCCAGCGGCUGAGUGAGUUCACUUUCACCGAGACGUUUUUACAUUUACAGCAGGUGAAUGAAUCUUAAUUGAGCUGUUGGACGUUUAUAAUACAUUUUUACUGAAAGGAAAUUAGAACCGAAAGUGAACUGACUGAAACGCCGGUGUAUGCAACUUUCUGUACAGUAAAACUUAAUGAAGGUUUAACAAUGGGAGCCGUAAUCCAGAUUUGAAUUAGCUCAACGCUAUCCCUGGGCCCGCCCACUGUACGACAUUGACCAUUCCUGCUGGGCCUCAGGGGAGCGAGGGAGCAGACUGACGCUUGAUUGGGAGAGAGAGAGGACCAGUGAACAGAGGGGAAAUUGGGAGAUAGAAGAGGCGCCGCGCAUCGUCUACAUGAGAAUACAAAAUAAUUUGAUUACUGGUGCAUGUCGGCCUCUUUUUAUUUAUUUUUUUGCAUUCUGCAGUGAGUUAAAGCUGUUUUAAUAUUCUUGGGACGAUGCUUAA